UCAAAGUUUGAUUUGUUUUGUGGUGUGGUGGUGGAAGAGAAAGCCUGCUGGCCGAAGAGAAAUCCGGCCUUUGAGGUGGUUAAGGCGGGUUCCCUCUAAAUCUCUUAUCUUUCUAUCUUUAAACACCUUCGUUUGUUUGGAACUACCCGUUGGGGAUUCCUAAAGUUGUUCUUCUUAGAACUUUGAGUAUAAGACUUUGAGUGCACACUUUAAACUGAGAGAAACACGUGUGUGGGUGAGGAUCAAACACUCGAGUGUGUGAGAUUUUUAUCUAACGUUUUGUGUUUAAGAAUUUUCAGGAACCAUGACUAGUAAGGAUGAAAGGAGCCGACCAGGAAAUUCUUUUGUUGGUUUAUCUAACUUGCAGAUGAGGAAGAUCAAUGAUUCUGUUGCUAACCUUAUACAUGCAGGUCUAGAACAGAUCCAUCAGAAGCUGGACGAAAUUCAAGGUGUCCAACAGACUCGUCCUAAACCCGCAGCAAGGAGAGAACGCCCUAGGCGGACCAACCGAUCCAAUGACGAUUUUGGAGAAAGAGAGUUCCCUGAUGGCGACAGCAAGAGCCAAAAGAAGAGCACAUCCACACAUGCACCUGUAGCUGAGCCAUCCAUAUUCAUCAGUGAAAAGCCCAAAGGUAAAUCUGAAUGCAGCUUUGAAGAUCUAAAAGAUUUUUCAGAUUCAUUACCAAUUUUUGAUGAAUAUGAUGAUGAGCCAACUGAAAGUCUGAUGAAUUGUGAGGAUACUUGUGAUUUUCCUACUCCUGAAUCUGAGUUGAUGCUUGGUAGUAAACUAACCUGUUUUGAGCCGGAGCUUCCGAGCAGUCUUAUUCUUAGUUCACAGGAUUUUGAGGAAGAGCCAUUCAACCAACCACAUCAUGGACGACUUCCUGGCACUAGGACACCUUUGGAUGAUGAUCUAGGUUCCAUAUUUGAUGAGGAAGACGAUCUUUGUCCAGUCUUUGAUGAGGAAGCACCAAGCAUCAAUAUGGACAGUCAUCUUUGCUUUGAUCCCGGCACAACUCCUCCCAUUUUAUCCACUGACAUUCAAGAGCACUGCUCGUCUUGAAUAUGUUCUAUGGUGUUUCAUGCCUUGAAAGCAUUCUGAUUUGCAACACCUUCUUUGAAAAACAUAUUGAGCCUUGGAAAAGUAAUUCUCAGUUUGAGCUUGAUCUUUUGUGUUCUAAAUCUGAGAAACUUGUGCAUGUUGUGAAAUUAUUCUUUAGGAACUAUGAAAUCACGAGCCUUGACACCAUUCUGGUCUGUAAUG